AGAAGGAGGCUGUCGAAGUUGGGACUUUGGAGAGGGAGGUGUAGUCAGAUCCACUGAGAAAAAGGAAUCAUCCUGAUCAGCGCCUGCAUCCCUGGUUUUACUUUCCCAGAGUGAGAAAGUUUGAUAUCAGCGUCUUCACGCAGCGAAGCAGCAGCUCACCAUGAUGGAAGAGGAGAUCAGUGAGGACCGGGCCAAGCUGAAGCAGGGCCUGGUCAAAGUGCUCCAGUGCGUGGCCACCAUCUCCUCAGCGGCCGCCGUGGUUAACCCCAUUUUCGGCGUGGCCGGCUCUCUGAUCCGGGUGGUCCUGCACCACGUGGACGACGAGGACAUCCGCACCCUGAAGCGUGAGUUCGGCUCAGUGAACCGGGCGCUGGACGAGCUCUCCCACCAGAACCGCAACACGCUGGUGCAGAUCAAGAAGGAGACGCUGGACGGCCAGUACUGCCGCGUGGAGGAGAACCUCAAGAACCAGUUCAGGAAGUUCAUGGAGAUGGUGGAGGCACGGCCGGAGCACCGUGAGCGCAAGAAAGACGACUUCGAGGAGAGCUACUCCAACGACUUGGGCGACCAGAACCUGCACACGCUCUACGACGGCGUCGUGGGCAAGCCAAAGCUCUUCAGCAGACCCAUCCUGGAGGUGUACCUGAAGCACUCGCAGGGCGACCGGCGCACCAUGGAGCGGCUGUGCACCCGCCUCACCUACCUGUUCUGCAUCGGCCUCAUCGCCCUGAUGGGCUACGCCGCCAUUAUCGGAGACGACGAGGAGGGCCUGAGCGAGGAGUGGGCCGAGAAGAUGGAGCACGUGCAGGAGAAGAUGCAGGAGGCUCUGCGCAGGUGCAAAUGAAGACCAGUGUUUCUUCACGUCCACAUUCCCACUAUAAAUCUAUCUUCUUCUUUUGCUUUUUCUCUCUCGAUAAACACUUUUCAAGCAUCUGCUUCAAAACACUAUUUAUCCAAACUCGCGGCAUAAGCAGGUAAAGUGCUCCGUGAGACACAAACAUCGCAGCUUUAACAUUUAACAGCUAGUAUUGAAGUGUAUCACACAUAGCCAUAAUUCAAUUCAUUGUUGUCAAAAAAGAACAUUUCUGGUAUCAACAGCUUUGACAUUAAUGUGUUUCUCAUUACAGAUAUCCACAAUCAAGCUGCAGAUAUCUGCAAAUUAAUUCUGACCAGUUGUAUCCCACUUUCAAAUAUCUGCAGCUUUUUUCUGACUUGUCAUAAUUUUCGUUCAAGAUAUCUUUAGUUCCCUUAAGUUCUGGAUUUCUAUAUAGUCCUUUGUAGGUUCUUAAAUCAAGUUUGAACUGAAUCCUGUUUUUGAAAUCUGGAGCUGGAAUUCUUAUUAAUCAGAUAUCUUGAAUUAGAACUUUGACUCCACGAAAUGACGUGACUGAAAUCUGUAGUUACGUCAAGAAACUGUGUUAAUUUCAACAAGAAAACAUAGUUUUUGACAGAUUUUUCACAAUGAAACUGAGACUAAGAAACUAAUAAAGUGAGAGAAAAAAAUGAAACUAAUAAAGAACCAAUUUUCCCAGAUGAGAAACAUGAUGUAUAGUUGGACCCUUUAAGUCAACAAAUUAAAACUAAACGACAAUCUUAUAAACGGAAAAAUUAACAGAAUCUGCAGAAUUGAAACUGCAGCUCCUGAGCAACAAUUCCUCCUGAUCAUAAGAUCUGUAGCUGUACCUGGUGGUUCAGGCAAAUAACUUACAAUGCUAAAAUCAUUUUGAAAGUCCAGCAAAAAGGCAAACUGUGAACUUGCAGGCAGCAGCCAACAUUUGUAAAACAUUAAUGUAACGCUGGAUUUACCAUUAAAGUUAGCUUCAUGGUGCUGUCAGACGGAAGGAGUCAGAUCCAGAGUAUGAAGUCGUUAACUGGAUGUACUGAUCACUGCAGGGCCUCAAAGUGCUCCCAGUGAAAAAGUGCAAAAAUGACACCAAAACAGCACUAUUGAAAACUAGACAAAAAGCUUUUAGUUUCUGUGAUCAAAACUGACAAAAAUGCAAUGAUUAAAAUCAAACUGGCACACACAUUAGUGAAAAUAACCUUAAAUUUCAUGUAGAACAGCUGCUAAGUGAACAAGCUUUCCAAACAUACUGUAUCACUGCAGCUGCAAUGAGUAAACUACAAGUCUAUCAUGCACAGACUGUAUUAUUUCCUGUGUUGAGACUAAUCACAGUGAUGUUCUGGAUGUCUGCUGCUGCUGCUCUGAUGUGUGUAAACCAAAUUACAGAGCCUCUCUAAGUUAGUAACACCUGUGAUUUUAGCUCUUAAAUGUUAAAACUGCUUAUUUCUGCCUGUUUUGUGUUGCUUUCACUUGUAAAACUGGCUAAAAUUCACUGAUAAAUUCUUCAAGAUACAAAUGCAGAUGCAAAAAAAGCCAAUUAUUGAUCAGCUGUGGGAUCUUGACGCUGCUCUAAAAGCUGAAUUACAUUUUUGUGAGCACUGUGAGGAACCUGCAUGCCAUAUACAUGAUACUGAUGACCUGUUCUGGAUUUAAGCGUCAUCUUGAAGUCCUCAGCUGGUGACUUGUACCCCCGACUUUAUGCACUUUCUAUUGUAGUUUUAUGGGAAAUAUAUAUAAAUAUAUGUACAAAAAUAACACUACAAGAAUUUCAGCAUGUUGAGAAAUGCUGAGCAGCCUGACUAAAGAAAACCAAGGAGCAUCCCAAAGUUUCACAACUCUGAAUGUAACUGCAGCCACAUCUGGGCAUUUCCAUUUACUACAUGCAACUGUGUGCAAAUUAGCGAAAUACGCAGCACAGAUAUUAUACGUUUCUUACGCUGGAUUGAAUUUUAUUUUACACUAAUAUUUUUUGUUCAUGUUGCUGCGUAGAAUUCUUUCCUUUCUCUGCUGAUUUCUGGUUGGAAAAUUGUAAACACUAACAGUACAAGUGAAAUCUUUCUCGAUGUACGUCUGACAAAAGCAAAACUUCACCACAGCAGGAGACACUGGUAGCCAUAAUUAUUGAAUCUGGAUUCUAUUAACCAGAGCAGCUCCUUUCUUUUCUGUUUAAAAAACAUAUUAUAGCCAAGCAGAUGAAAUGCUGUGUAACAGAAUCAUCUGUAGGGUUCUUUAGUGAGUCUUCAUUUGUUUUUUGCUUCUUUUUUUUUUAGUUAAACCUUUUUUGUGCUUCCUUUCCGACCAACAGUGCCUCAGUGUGCCAUUACUUUUACAUUAUUUUCUUUACUUGUAAGAGGUGAAAUCAUUUUGUAAGUGUCUUUUUUUUAAGUGAACUGGUGGCAUCAGUAGCGUCAGAUGGGUUUGUUUCACUGCAUCAGAAGACAUCACCCUGCUCUCCUGCUCUCAGUACUAAACUGGCUGUGGUAGCGUUCCUUUUCUCUUGUUACGACACUAUACGCUGUCGAUGUGGAGGAAAACUGUACGGACCUCUUGAGGCUUUUUUGAAAUGUCAUAUAUGUGAAUAUGUUGCCUUUUUUGUUAUGGAUAUUUGAUGCCUGGUUGUAUAUGCGCCACUAUAAAUAAACAUGAGUGAACCAAC